CAUCUUGCUGGCAAACUGGCACUGCCCGGCUGCAGCUCCUCCACACUGACCACAGAGGGACCGGAGGAUGCCCACGCAUCAGCACUUGGUCAAUAAGAUGGGGAGACACUCCUGCUUUGUUGUUUUGUUCUGUGGGAUAUUCUUGCCUGGAAUUCUUGGUUUUCCACAGACAAACUCCUCAAUUGAUUGUGAUUCUCUGUUACCAAACUAUGAAGCUGAACCACAGACAUCUGCACCACCAUAUAUUAUUGCUGUAUCUUUUGAUAACUUUGAGCCWGGAAAUGAAGUCCAAGUGACUCUAGAAGCACUUGGAGAUGCUGGAUUUAAAGGAUUUAAUCUACAAGCUCGAGAAAUAGAUGGAGAUGUUCCUAUUGGUACUUUUAAAAUUACAGAUCCAAACACUAAAGGCUUGGAAUGUCAUAACAUGACGAAUUCAGCAGUAAGUCAUGCAAAUUCAGACGUGAAACAGAAAGUUACAACAACAUGGAUUGCUCCACCUGAUGCUGGAGAGCUUCAAUUUAUUGCAACUGUUGUUCAAAAUCUAGAGAAUUUUUGGGUUGGAAUUCAAAGCAAAACUCUCACACCUACGCAUUCAGAGUCAGUUAAUGGGACAGGAAAAAGUAAAAGGAAGAUUAUGAUAGAAUUAGAAUGUAACAAGCGUGGAGGGACUUACUCAACAGGCCGAUGCAUCAUGGCUGGACCUUCCGGUUCCUCUCAAAGCAGCUAUUCAGGCAGUCAGGGUGGAGUAGUAUACACAAUAAGCAAGAGUGGAUGUGGCCCUGGAGGUGCUGCUGGUGCAUAUGGCCAACACGCCUGYGGAGAUGUAAGCUGGUUAUAGAUGUUUUUACUGAUUG